AUGGUGGAUUGUGGUCCAGCCUGCGCCGUCCCCUCCUUUGCUUCUGAACCCACCGUUGGAUUUGGAUCAGCACUGGGAGGCUAUGGAAAUCUAGGCUAUAGAAAUCUAGGUGGCUUCGGUUCUGGCGGUUUCGGCUACGGAGCUGGUGCCCUGGCNUUCGGUUCUGGCGGUUUCGGCUACGGAGCUGGUGCCCUGGCAGAAUCGGCCGGCAACCUUGGCAUCCUGAAUGGAGUCAGGCCUUCCUGCAUCAACCAGGUCCCUCCAUCAGAGCUUCUGAUCCAGCCCCCUGCUGUUGUUCUCACCCUCCCAGGGCCCAUCCUCUCCGCUACCUGUGAGCCUGUUGCUGUGGGAGGCAAUGCUCCAUGCGCUGUUGGCGGCAUUGGCCUGGCAGGAGGCUUGGGCCAUCUUGGCCUUGGCUAUGGCAUUGGCAACCUGGGCUUGGGGGGCCUGAGGGGAGAUCUUGGAUCAAG